UCCUGCAUCUGUAGUCUGCUACCCUGCUCUAGACAUGUGCAGCAGAUAGUGAAGGAGACACUGGGUGGAAGACGUGCGGUUUCAUUGCACAUGAUUGGCAAAAAAUCAAAACAUGGCGAAUCCGGCAAACGAAGCAAGGGACAAAAGUCGAGAGGAAAGUGUUUUUGACAAUGAGGAUGACGAUAGUUCCGACACGAAGGAGAUAUUGACUGAUAUGACGGCAACACCGCCAGAUCCUCCUUCCAAGCGGAGCAUGUGUGGCCGUUGUGGGCGACCAGCCAAAGUGUGCCUCUGCCCAUACUUCCCAGAGAAACCCCUGGACACCUCGACGUGUGUCUACGUGAUCCAGCACCCGAAUGAGGAGAGCCGGUCAUUACGCACGGUGCCCAUACUGUUCAACUGCUUACAGCAGGGCAAGUGCUGUGUCAUUCGAGGAAGACGCUUCAGUGAAGUUGGUCACCCAGAACUAACGGCAGUCUGCCGGAGCCCCAACACCUUAGUGCUGUUCCCGGGACCAGAGGCUAUAGACAUCUCCAAAGUCCCGCCCCUUCCACCCGACAGCCAAUCAGGCUACAAUCUGAUUGUGAUUGACGGGACCUGGAACCAGGCCAGGAGCAUGUACAAAAGUAACCAGAUGUUUUGUCAACCAAGACAGGUUCAAUUGUGCAAUGGUGUUUUGAGUGAGUACGUAAUUCGCACCCAGCCCACCAAUAGCUGCUUGUCCACUGUGGAAUCAGUCGCUGUGUCUCUGGCAAUACUGGAGAAGAGACCGGAAAUUCAGGAGACUCUACUUCGACCCUUGAGGGCGCUGUGCCAGUUCCAGCUAGACCACGGUGCUGCCGUCCAUCACAGCAAGGAACAUCUCAGGGAAAACGGUCUUGUGUACCGUCCAAAAAGUCGGCCUGAGGAUAGUUGAUGCUUGUCUUAUGAACUGUCUGUAAAUAAGAUUAUUUUUGUAACUAUGCACAUACUGGAGCUAGGCAGGACUUUCUCAAA